CUUCAUACUUGAAUUGAUUGCGUAAAUUACCAAUCUCCCACUACAGAAGAAGCAGCAGUGAGUAGUCUGCUUGAGCGAGCAAAAAUGGCAGACGCAUCGGACGAGGCCAAUGACAUCGAGAAGCUCUACGAGUAUGGCGAGCGCCUCAACGAGGCCAAAGACAAGUCCCAGCAAGUGGAGGACUACGAGAGUAUACUCACGGCAGCUAAAAGCAACAGCAUCAAAGCCAGGCAAUUGGCUGCGCAGCUCAUUCCCAGGUUCUUCAAGUACUUCCCUAGCUUGUCUGUCAGCGCGGUAGAUGCACACCUCGAUUUGUGUGAAGCAGAGGAGCUUGGGAUCCGAGUUCAAGCCAUUCGUGGUCUUCCUCUUUUCUGCAAGGAUACACCGGAGCAUCUUUCCAAAAUUGUUGACAUACUUGCUCAGCUUCUUACUGCUGAAGAAAAUGUGGAACGCGAUGCGGUACAUAAAGCCCUUUUAUCCUUAUUGAGGCAGGAUGUGAAAGCUUCAUUGACAGCUCUCUUUAAACACAUUGAGAGUAUUGAUGAGCAGAUGACUGAUGAAAAUCUCCGUGAGAGGACAUUGAUAUUUAUUAGAGACAAGGUUUUUCCUAUUAAAACUGAGCUCUUGAAGCCCCCAGAUCAAAUGGAAAGACAUAUAACUGAUUUGAUAAAAAAGAGUCUGCAAGAUGUGACAGGAGCGGAAUUUAAAAUGUUUAUGGAUUUUCUUAAAAAUUUGAGCAUUUUUGGAGAGAAAGCACCCCCGGAGUGUGUGCAAGAACUUAUUGAGAUCAUUGAAGGCCAAGCUGAUCUGGAUGCUCAGUUCAAUGUUGAUGAUGGAGACCACAUUGAUAGAUUGAUAUCAUGCUUGUAUAUGGCCAUUCCAUUUUUUGAGAGGGGUGCAUCAAAUAGCAAGUUUCUCAACUAUUUGAACAAGCACAUUUUCCCUGUUUUUGAUAAGCUUCCUGAAGAUCGAAAAGUGGACUUGCUCAAAAACCUUGCAGAGAGUUCACCAUACACAGCACCUCAGGAUUCGAGACAUAUCCUACCCUCAGUUGUUCAGCUCCUAAAGAAAUACAUGCCUCGAAGAAAAGCCGGAGAAGAGAUGAACUUCACAUAUGUUGAAUGUUUGCUUUACACUUUCAACAAUUUAGCUCACAAGGCUCCAAAUGCCACUAAUAGCCUGUGUGGUUACAAAAUAGUCACUGGCCAACCAUCAGACAGGCUUGGGGAAGACUUCUCUGAGUGUUACAAAGAUUUCACAGAGCGGUUAAAGUGUGUUGAAGACCUAGCUAGGGCCACUAUAAAGAAAUUGACUCAGGGAAUGGCUGAACACAACAAAGAACUAGCUGCAGUUAAAACUGAUGAAGAGAAAGCCAAGAUUAAAACUCAAAAACAGAAUGCCACAGCUGGGUUACGAACCUGCAAUAACAUAUUGGCUAUGACACAGCCUCUACAUUCAAAAUCACCUACAUUUAUUGGGGACAAAAAGGUCAAUCUUUCCUGGAGGGAAGUUCCAAAAUCCUCUGCACCAUCAACUGCUAAGGCGGCUGGAGCAAAGCGAUCUGCUGGUGCUGUCAAUGGUUCCAGCAAUAUGGGUUCAAAGAAGGGCCGUGGAGGUGGCAAUCCCCACCAGCUGGUCAAUAGGGCUUUUGAAGGUCUGGGAUAUGGUGGUAGAAGUGGUGGAAGGGGCAGAGGUCGGGGACGGGGUCCACGCGGUAGGGGAAGAGGAUAUCGCUAGGUAUGGUCCCAGCGACAUUGUAGCGAUUAAAAUCUGCACUCAGAAAGCUGAUUGGAGGAGUGAAAAAUGUCUGUAGAUGCAAUAUUAUCAGGAGGGAGAAGCUGAUAACUUACUGAACUGGCAUCACUAUAUUUUCCGAGCCACAUACAUGGUUUGAAUACUUGAUACCCAGAUUCCCGUCAUUUUGCAAAGUUGAAAUUUAUUUCCUGCAAGGUUAACUGGAGACACCCCAUCCAAGAAAAAACACUGGCCACACAAUGUGAGGAAAAUUAUGUCGGAACCUUUUCUAGUAACGUUGAUAAUCUUGUAAUUCUUUGUUGUAUCCAUGGUUAUGCACCCUUCUCUUGUGUACUUAGAAUUUGAGCACUGAACUGAUUUCUUGACUGCUGUCUACUGCUAUUAGAUUUUGUGCCUUCGCGGAGUACUUGAUAAUAUUAUGGUAAUGCUACUUACUUUGGUUAUAAGUAGGUUUCUCAUGGGACUAAUGAACACAUCA